ACACUCUUGUGAGAAUGUGUUGUGGGUGGCAUGAUUUCCUGAUCCUCCAUAAGGACUAGUUCAACUCAAGCUUUUUAACUCCCUUUUCCAUGGCUGCAUAAAUCCAAUUAUGGAUGAUGCUUUUUGUGAGAUUUUCCCAAAUCAAAACCUAUUCUGAAGAGAUAUAUAUUGGAGUCUCUAUGCAAGUCUAAGACUUUAUUCACACAGCUUCUCUGUUGCAUCAAAAUUAAUGGUAGUGCUGAAAGUCCACAAGCAUUUCCAUCUUCUUGAAAGAACACUGGUUCUUGCAGCUUCCUUAGCAUUACUUAGAGAGAGGCAACUGUAACAGCAAUGUCAUCUGGAAGUCGACUAGAGUAAUCCAACUGAUGAAAAAUAUAUAGAAAGUGUUAUUCGGGAAGUCGACUCAAUUCUGGUUUUUUCUCUUCUCCCUGUUGAUGGUUGUUUGGCAUGGUACAGAAUCAUAAUAAUAAUCAUGUCACUUUCUUGUUACCGUCGCCAUCUUUCAAAGUUCCCCGCCAUAAUUUCUCAUCUGCUACGUUCAAAACAAAACGUCUCAAGUACAAGUAAGAGGGUUAGACCAACUAGUUGGGAUAUUUACAAUUACAAUUACAAGAUUUGUCAUCUGGGUCGUACUGGCCAAGUCAAUGAAGCAAGGAAGUUGUUUGAUGAAAUGCGUCAAAGGGAUACAGUUUCUUAUGCUUCCAUGAUCGCUGUAUAUUUAAAAAACAAUUGUUUGCCGAAAGCUGAAAAGCUCUUUCGGGAAAUGCCUGAAACAAACAUUGUUGCUGAAUCCGCAAUGAUCAGUGGGUAUGUUAAAGCGGGGCGAGUAGAUGACGCGAGGAAAAUAUUUGAUGAGAUGUUGCAGAGGAAUGUUUAUUCAUGGACUAGUUUGAUUUCGGGGUAUUUUAAAGCGGGGCAAAUUGAUGAAGGUCGUAGGCUUUUUGAUCAAAUGCCAGAGAAAAAUGUGGUUUCAUGGACAACAGUGGUUCUGGGUUAUGCACACAAUGGUUUAAUUGACCAAGCUCGCGAUAUUUUUUACCAGAUGCCUGAGAGAAAUGUUGUUGCUUGGACGGCUAUGAUCAAGUCUUAUAUUGAUAAUAACCGAAUCGAUGAAGCUCUUAACCUCUUCCAUAAAAUGUCUAAAAAGAAUCUAUAUACGUGGAACAUUAUGCUUUCAGGUUGUCUAAAUGCUAAAAAAGUUGAUGAAGCUUUUCAGUUUUUUAACUUAAUGCCUCAAAAGAAUGCAGUCUCUUGGACAACUAUGGUUACUGGUUUGGCGCGAAACGGCAUGACAAAACUAGCCAGGGAGUACUUCAAUCAUAUGCCCAAGAAAGACAUUGUAGCUUGGAAUGCAAUGAUCAAAGUGUAUGUUGAUGAAGGAGACAUGGUUCAGGCUAGUGCGAUUUUCACUUUGAUGCCACAAAGAAAUGUUGCGACUUGGAAUGUGAUGAUUGAUGGGUACGCAAGAAAUGGACCGGAGGAUGAAGCUUUAAAGAUGUUAGAUCUAAUGCUUCAUUCUAGGUUUAUGCCUGUCGAGACUACCAUCACUAGUGUAUUAACCUCUUGCAAGGGCAUGCUAGAGCUCACCCAAGCACAUGCACUAGCUAUUCAUCUUGGUUUUGAUCGUGAGACCUCACUGUCAAAUGCUCUUGUUACUAUGUAUUCUAGAAUUGGUGAUGUCAACUCUGCUAGGCUUGUGUUUGAGAAUCUUGAUGUCAAGGAUGUUGUGUCAUGGACUUCCAUGAUUUUAGCAUAUUCAAACCAUGGAUGCGGUUACCAUGUUUUACCCGUCUUUGCAAGCAUGCUUAAGGCUGGAAUCAAGCCAGAUGAAAUUACAUUUAUUGGAGUCUUAUCAGGUUGCAGUCAUGUUGGUCUUGUAGAGAAAGGUCAAAAGCUUUUUAAUUUAAUGAGUCGUGCUUAUGGUUUAAAACCAAGGGCCGAGCAUUAUUCAUGUCUCGUGGACAUCCUAGGUCGAGCAGGAGAAGUGGAGGAGGCCAUGAAGGUUGUUUGCCAAAUGCCUUCUGAUGAGUGUGAUGUUGCAGUUUUAGGGGCAUUGCUUGGUGCAUGCAGGUUACAUGGGAAUGUAAGAAUGGCAGAUGAAAUUGGUGAGAAAAUAAUAGAGCUGGAGCCAACUAACUCCAGCGCUUACAUUCUUCUGGCUAAUGUAUAUGCAGCAUGUGGGGACUGGGAUGAGUUUGCGGAAGUAAGGAAAAAGAUGAAGGAGAAGAAUGUGAAGAAAGUUCCUGGUUUCAGUCAAAUUGAAGUAAAAGGCAGGAGUCAUGUAUUCUGUGCGGGGGACAGGUCUCACCCCCAGGUUGAGGAAAUUUAUAAACUGCUACGCCAGACACUGUUACCCCCAAUGAGGGAGAUGGGUUACAAACAAGAGAAACCACCUUUGCCGGUAUAGUUCUCAAGGUACCAAAGCAAAUUGUGAGUCACUCAGUGAUUCAUUUUAAACAUAAAACAGAUCAAUAGAAUAUUCAUGAAAAUCUUAAAAACCUUGCAUUCUGAGCUUUGUGUUUCGCUCACAGUUACAUAUUUCAUUUAUGAUUUGGUCUAUACAGUGGAAGUCUGUUCUCCUUGAAUGUUAAUCCAAUUAUUCUAUUACUUUGGUGACCGAAUAUAAUAUUUAUUUCUAUAUAGAUUGUGUAAA